AUGACUGUACCUGGAAAAUCAGUAACAGUCGAUGAUUUACUGCUGACUUCCCAACUCUCAAAAUCGAAUGUACGAGGCAAAGUCAAGUCAUCCAAGAAUACUACGACACUCAUGAAGGUCGAUCCUGCUGCCUCACUCGCAAGUGUCUCACUCGAGAAUUUUGAUAAAAAUUACAAUUAUGACAUUAGUUAUAUUUUAAACGAAAAAACGGGUCAUGGAAGCCACAAAAACACUGAUUUAGUAUUUGAAACUGAUUUACCCGUGAUUUCGAUAAAAGACCAAGACCAGCCCAAAAAGAUAAAUAUUCUAUCCGGCAUCAUUUUACCAGAAUAUAAGACUGACCCUAUUGCAAAAACUAAAACUAAAUACUUUAAAGAAAUUGAUACAAGCUUUAACAUUUUAUCACAAACUUUUCCUUCAGAACGCAAUAUUGUCAUAGAAAAACCACAUACUGAAAAUUCGGAUGGUAAGAUAAGAAAAAUAGAUAAUAUUUCUUUUAAUAUUAACAUUCAUGGUGUUUUAAGUAGUGACGAUAAUGAGGAUAUUAGGGAUGUUGUGAGUUGUUCUGCAAAUAGCAGAGACAAGACUAGCAGUAAAAAAAGGAAGAAAAAACGUCGUUUGAGAAAAACUGUCAAAAAGGAAAACGUCAAACCAGUUAAGAGACCAAGAAAAUCUCUAGAUAGUUCUACAACUACUGAGGAAGAUUGGAUUAGCACCCAUAGUGAUUCUGACAUAAACAAAUUUUGA